GCCUUUUGCAAUUUCAAAUGGGUUUCAGUCCUCCGGUGCCGCAACAAGACAGCAACUGGGAGAUCCGUCUGGCAGUGCUGAUCAGCCUUCUCCUGCAGGUGCUCCUCAUCUUCGUGGCCCCCGUCCGCAGGCGCUCCUCUUCCUCAGUCCCGCGUUUCAUCGUCUGGUCCUGCUACCUUCUCGCCGACUGGGUCGCCGACCUCGCCCUCGGGCUCCUGCUCAACAACUUGGGCAACAUCGGCGGCGGGAGCUCCACCGCUGUCGGCGAGACCUCCGUGGAAAGUGGCACAACAAGCCCCAUCAUCUUCGCUUUCUGGGCGCCCUUCUUGCUGCUCCACCUGGGCGGGCCAGACACCAUCACCUCUUACUCCCUCGCGGACAACGAGCUCUGGAUCCGCCACCUCGUCGGGCUCCUGUUCGAGCUAACAGCGGCGGCGAUCAUCUUCUUCUGCGCCCUGCGCGGCAACCCCAUGAUCCUGGCCACCGUGUUGAUGUUCGUCGUGGGGAUCGUCAAGUACGGCGAGCGUACCUACUCGCUCUACUUCGCCAGCGUCGAGCCAGACCCCGGCCCGGAGUACGCGAACCGUCGGAUCGACAUCUUCGGCGGCCCGCAGGGAACCCGCCGCCGGCACGGCAGCUUCGAGGACCUGGACAAGAUGAGCGUGGAGGCACAAGGGUACGAGUUCUUCCGCAUCUUCCGGUUCCUCUACGUCAACCUCAUCCUCAGCUUCGUCAGCGAGCGGAGGAUCAGCCACGCCUUCUUCCUGUCGCGCGCCGACAGCCGCGAGGCGUUCGAGGUCGUGGAGGCGGAGCUCCAUUUCCUGUACGACGUCAAGUACACCAAGGCCCCGGUCAUCCACACCAGGACCGGCUACGCUCUCCGCUUCCUCUGCUCCUGCUGCCUUGCCGCCUCGCUCCUGCUCUUCGUCCGCAUCGACAAGAGGGGCGUUAUUCUUCCCGUCGACGUUGGCAUCACCUACGCGCUCCUCGUCGGCGCCGUGCUUCUCGACGCGGCCGCCCUGGCCAUGCUCGUCGCCUCGAACUGGACGAUGGUCUUCCUCGAGGGCUCCGGCCGCUUCGCUUGGCUGGUGGGUGCUGCGAGGCGGCUGUGGCGGCCACGGAGACGGUGGUCGGAGACGAUCACGCAGAUGAACCUCAUCAGCUACAGCCUCGGCAGACCCGAGAAAGGCAGAGGCUUCCUCAGCCCGAGACUGCUGCGGCGAGUCGUCAAUGCCGCUGACCUUCUAAGGGUCAGGGUAAUAAUCGAAGACUUCAUCUUCGUCAAGCGGGAACCCCUCAGCUGCAGCAGCAACGGAGGGCAAAAGUACAUCUUCGAUUUCGUCUUCAGGAGACUAAAGGAGAUGGCCUCCAAAUUCGGGAGCGUGGAGGAAAUCAGGAAGGCGUGCGAGCUCCGUGGCACGGGAAUCAUUGAUCGAAAGCUGGGGGAGCAAGGCAGCAUGAUCAUCCGGAACAGCGUCUCCAGAGACUUCGAUGAGUCCGUGCUGCUGUGGCACGUCGCCACUCACUUGUGCUUGGCAGAAGAUCGUGCUGCCGUUAUAACACACUCGUCCACAACGACGGCGAGGGAGAGGCUCGUCGACAGGAAGAGGAUCAGCAGGUGCUUGUCUGAGUAUAUGCUCUACUUGCUCAUCAAGCAGUCGGACAUGCUGUCGGCGGUCGCCGGGAUCGGGCUGAUCCGGUACAGGGACACCUGCUCCGAGGCGCGUCUCUUCUUCGAGUCCAUCGACGUCAGCCGCUGGCACUUCCUUGGGGACGAAGAGGCCUGCAGGAUCCUGCUGAGCAGCGUGAACCAAGCCACGGAGGACGUCGAGAAGCCGUCGACGGGGGUUAAGGACAAGGAGGAGGACACCGACGAGAGCAGGUCGGUGCUGCUUGACGCACUCAUGCUGGCGGCUGAGCUGAACAAGCUGGACGAGGAGACCAGAUGGCAGGUGGUGGCAGGGGUGUGGGGGGAGAUGCUGACCUUCGUAGCGUGCAGGGGCAGGGGUAACACACAUGUGCAGCAGCUCAGCCAUGGGGGAGAGCUCGUCACCAUGGUGUCAUUCCUGAUGAAUCACUUGGGCCUGGGCAACAUGUUUUAAUCAUAGUUUUAAAUAGCGGGCUAAGCUAUUUAGCGGCAGCCCGUUCCAGAA